AAAUUGAAUUUCUGAGAAUUUUCAGAGAAAAUGCUGACUUCCAAGCCAUCCUGAAAGUAUAACAUUGGAAUCUACUUGUCAUAACUACUGGAUAGCGCCCAAAGAUAUCAUUCAGGAGGCCGGGAUUGCCCAAUAUCAAUUGUGCUCAAGUUGUGGUGACAUUUAUGAACUGCAAAUAUCAGGAGCAGGAGCAGCUAGUACGAUGAAUGCUGAAGGAAGGCAGCAACGGCGACGCAAGACGGGAAUGCCAGCGGUGGUACUUAGAAUCGUUCUGCCUCCACUGAUCCUCGCACUGGCCCGAGCGUGCCCCGGCCCUCCAAUGCGACACCUACAUGCCGAGGACUCGUGGGUGACGUACGUGGCAUCGGACGGCGAGGUCUACCUGCACGCGCGCAGCGCGGAGACGUGGUGGACGGCGCGGAAGCGCUGUGCGGAGCACCAGGCCGCCCUGCUGGCGCCGCCCAACUUCACCGCGCUCGCGCACAACCGCUCCGCCUUCCACCUCAUGCUGCAGGAGCUCACCGACACCAUGCCCCGGCACGUCAGCCCCGCCCUCUGGUCAGUUCAUCGCUCAGCUGAAAAUAAC